AUGGGAGACGGAGGACCUCCACCAUCCAUGAAUACGCCCAGAUUCAGAUUGGUACCUGCAGGGCGUAUUGAUAGAACUCCAGUUUCUCAAUCACCUCAUCUUUCAGACAUGAGAACUCCUGAUCUUCGUCCUCCUUCUAUGCAAACCACACCGGUUACACAGGGCAAUUCAGUACAUGUCGUGCCUUCUACUCCAGUUAAUCAUCAUGUAACCAUGAGGACUAGAGCUCCGAGUACAACGCCGGAACAAGGAGAUGAAGUCAUCACAAAGUGUGUCAGAUUCUUCCGAACGCUUAUCAGUCUUUCACAGCAACCUGAUCAGCAAGGAAGUGGACGGAACACUGCCGCCGCUGUCAAUGAAUUAGUAACUAAUGUAAUUUUUGGAGAUAUGGUUCCUGAAGAAUUUACGAGAAAGCUUCAAGAAGCUCUUCAAUCUCAGGCUCAGCCUCAUCUUCUACCAUUUCUUGAGCGCACGCUUCCAACACUUAGGGCUGCGAUUUCUAAUGGCGAAGUAGUUAUCGAUGGUAUAAAUCCUCCUGCUGGGUUCAUACCAAACAAUCCCAAUAAUCCAAUGCAUCAUGUAUCGACUCCAGUAUCAGGAAUUCCAGUAUCACGAGGACCAACUCAACUCUAUCAGCAUCAGACUCCUAGAUCAACUCCAAACAUGCAUCCACAAUCUGUUCAACAUGUUCAAAUUCAACAGGUUCCUCCACAACAAGUUCAUCAAGUUCACCAACCUCCCCCACAAGCUGCUCAACAAACUCCUCAGCAAGUACCAGAUUUACAUCAAAACCCACGAGUAGAGCAUAUGGAUGACGAGCCUAUCCCGCAGGCAGACGAUGAAGUUAUCCAAGUACGCCAAUUACAAGAAAGCGCUCUCAAAGCAUCUAUACUACGACCAGAGGAUAUUAUGAAGAAGAUAACUCAAAGAAUGAAUGAAGCUUGUUAUGUAGAAGAAGAGGUGUUAACCUUGAUUUCGGAUGCUACUGAGUACAGGCUUCGUGAGAUUUUAGGAGAACUUUCAGUGCUAGCGGAACAUAGAGUUGAUCCUUUGAGAUUAAAUAAUAACUAUGGACAAGUUGAUGAUACUCGAAGACAGUUGCGUUUCUUAGAGGAUGUAGAUAGGCAACAGGAGGAACAAAGAGAAACUAGGGAAAAAGAAGCUUUAAUUCGCAUGAGCAAAGGAAAAGGAAUCGCCAAAGAUACUAUUGAGAGAGCCAAAGAAAUGCAAAGAGCUGAUGCUGAAGCCAAAAAAAAUCGCGAUGCUAAUGCUGCAGCUAUAGCUGCUCUGAGCGGCAGUAAGUCUUCCCGACCAAAAUGGGAUCAAGUAGGCAGCAGUGGAUCGAGCAGUAUUGUCAGGCCACGUACUGUACGAGUAAAUAUUCGGGAUCUCCAUGCUCUCUUCAACAAUGACCCUUUGUGCCUAAGGACUCAUUUAAUCCACAAGCUUGCACUAUGCGGGGGUCCACAAUCGGACAGUAUUUGA